AUGGCUCCUAAGGACAAUCAGCCCUACGAUCCCGCCCCUCCUAUUCCUACCUACGAUGAAGCUAUCGCCGGUGGCAGCCACCAGCCGACCCGCCGCCCGUCUCUAUCGUCCCCAUACGACGACCCUUCGAAUCUCGAGUUCGAGUCCCAAAGCCUGUUGAAUCACGGCGCACCGUUCCACCCCGCCAAUGACGCGCCGCCAUCAUCCACCCGUCCUCUGCGGCGACCAGGUGGCUACCGACCACCUACUGUCGAGACAGAUGACGAAUACUCCGACUCCGAAGACGGUGGAGAGGAGGACCAUGUGCGGAGGGAGAUGCAAGAGCUGGAGAUAGACGAUGAUGCGAGCACCAGAUCCUCCAUAUGGACCAAGAGGAUGCCAUUCUCAUUAUCACUGCCUCGUUGGAAGUCUUGGCGCUGGCGACUACCAAGUCUACCAUCCAUCAGGCUAGGCGAGCAGCAGCAAGACGGCAGCAGCGGUGAGAGUCCUGGCUCGCGACGGCGAUGCACGCCCGAUAUGAACUCCACCGCCACCUUCAUCAUGGUUGGUCGCGUGUUUGCUAUUCUUCUCAUCAUGGGCUUCCUCUAUCUGCUCUUCAUGAGCGAUCUCUUCUCCAACAUGGCACGACGACUUGGGGGCGGCCAGAUGUUCGAUCCGGAAAGUGUGCGCAUCCACGUCCAGGGCAGCGUCGAUAAGGACCGCAUACGCGAGAACCUGAAACACUUCACUUCCUACGCUCAUGUUGCCGGUUCCGAGGGCGAUUAUGCCCUGGCAAUGGAUACAAAGAACCUCUUCGUCAAGUAUGGGCUGGAGGACGUCACCGUGGACGAGUACUAUGUCUAUCUCAACUACCCCAAACCCGAUGGUCGCGCAGUACAGAUCCUCGACGGGAGCGGCAAGCCGACCUGGACCGCUCAGCUCGAGGAGGGUGAUCCAGGCGAGGAGAAGGUCGGCCACCAGACCUUUGCCUUCCACGGACACUCGAAAAGUGGCGACGUCAAGGGCCCGCUGAUCUACGCCAACUAUGGAUCCCGCGAAGACUUCAAGAGGCUCUAUGAUAGCGGGAUUGACACGAAGGGCGCCAUCGCUCUCGUCAAGUACUACGGAACCGAAGGCGACCGCGCCCUCAAGAUCAAGGCCGCUGAGCUGGCAGGCUUUGCCGGCUGCAUCAUCUACAGCGACCCCAAGGAUGAUGGCUUCUUGCGAGGCGAUGUGGCACCGAAUGGCCGGUUCAUGCCCUCCGACGGCGUCCAGCGUGGCGGCGUCAGUCUUAUGAGCUGGGUCGUUGGCGACGUGUUGACACCGGGAUGGGAGAGCAAGCAGGGUCUGCCGAGGAUGAAGCCGGAGCAGACCACGGGCCUCGUUCAGAUCCCUAGUCUGCCCCUGGCCUGGCGUGACGCCCAGGUCCUCCUGCAGCAUAUCAAGGGCUUCGGUCAACCGUGCCCCGACGAGUGGGUCGGUGGCGUCCCUGAUGUUGGCGAGUGGUGGACGGGCAACCUCUCUGGACCGAUUGUACGCCUCAAGAACGAACAGGACGAGAACACUCAGCAGCCCAUCUGGAACGUAUACGGCCGCAUUGUGGGGGUCGAGCAGCCGGACAAGUCUAUCAUUAUUGGCAACCACCGAGAUGCUUGGUCAUACGGCGCCACCGACCCUGGCUCAGGCAGUGCCAUUAUGUUGGAGAUGGUUCGCAUAUUCGGCGACCUCGUCGAACGGGGCUGGAGGCCACAGCGAACCAUCGAGUUCAUGUCUUGGGACGCCGAGGAAUACAACCUGAUUGGAUCGACCGAAUUUGUCGAGAACAACCUUGAUGGGCUGCGCCGCGAUGGCUACGUCUACAUCAACAUCGAUACCCCGAUUGCCGGAGAUGAAUUCCAUGCCUCUGGCUCUCCUGUCUUCCAGAAGAUCCUUUAUCGCGUCAUCGACCGAGUCUACGAUCCGAUCCAUAAUACAACGUUGCGCGAACUAUGGGAUCGUCGUGGUGCGGAAAUCGAGGGCUUGGGUGCCGGCUCCGACUACGUCGCGUUCCAGGAUAUUGCUGGCGUGUCAUCCCUCGACUUGUUCUUUGAUGAGCCCGGUGGCCCCUUCCACCCUUAUCACUCCAAUUAUGACAACUUCGAAUGGAUGGACACGGUCGGCGAUCCCGGCUUCACGUAUCACGGCAUGAUGGCCGAGCUUCUAGGCCUGCUCAUUCUAGAGCUGUCCGACCGGCCUCUGCUUCCCUUUGAUAUGGCUGCCUACGCCAACGCUCUUUACAAGUGGACCAACGAGUUAUCUGACUGGACUGACCACAAGGGGGCCAACCAGGACGGUCAAACGCCACUGGACUUGAACGUCUUGAAGAAGGCCGUCUUGGAGGUGAUUGAGGCAGUGGCGUCGUUCCAGGACUGGGAACAUAUCUGGCAGAACAGUGUACUGGCGGCGAAUGGAUGGGAGCCCAUCCGACUGGGUUCCAAGAGGUGCGAGUUCAACAACAUCAUGUCGCAAUUUGAGACGGGACUCCUUGACGUGGAACAGGGAGGUGGUAUCCCCAACCGCACACAGUUCCGACAUGUCGUAUUCGGCCCACAGCUCUGGUCCGGCUACGAUGAGGCUUUUUUCCCGGCCAUCCGCGACGUCGUCGAGUCUGGCAACUGGACACUGGCCAACCUCACAGUCGCGAAGACGGCGCGCAUCAUCCGGGACGCAACCGUGCCACUCAAGACAUGGCAGGGCUGA